AUGGAAUUUUCAGAGGAAGAAAUGGAUUGGGCUUCUGGUGAUGUAGACUCGGACGAUGAAAUGGACAUGGAUAUAGACCUAGACGAGAACGAACAGGAGAGGAUCAUGGAUAUUGAUGUCGUCGGUGAAGUUGGUGCUGAGAAGGGGGUGUAUAUGGAAUUUUCGCUUCCCCCUCAAACACAAACGCAAACGGGCGUGGAGUUGGGAGCUCCUCCAGCACCGUCUGCGGUACCCGGACCUUCUUCUUCGACUUCUCCUACUUCUCUGCUAUCUCCUCAGAUGAUGCCCAAAUUGGAGGGUAUCAGGCUGCCGGAACUCAGGAUGAGGGAUAUGGAUCAAUUCAAGGCUGUGUUCGAUAUGGAUGCGCCUGCUCCGCCUGCAUCGUCGUUUGUCGAGUACGAUGGCGAUUCGAGCAUCAUGACUCCUCUUUCUCUCACUCACUCUGAUUCUUCAUCGCCUUCGGCAUCUCCUUCUCCUUCUCCAACGAGUACUCGGAAAUUGCAUUAUUAUUCGAGGAGGUUCGGUUCUAUCGCUUCUGGGACGCCUGUCAAUCCUGUUACGAGAAGGAUGUGGGCAACCGGUGAUGGGUUCUCGAGUGUUCAUCUGGGUUUGGGGCUCGCUCCUUCUACGUUCGAGAGUGGUGGUAGUAUGGGUAGUUUUAUGUUUGGCGGCGGUAGUGGUGGCUCGGACAGUGGUGCUUCGAUAUCAGAGGGUGUUCAUUGGGGCGUGCUUCGUCGGCGUGAGCCUAGGCCGAAUCAUGAUUCGAUGAUGAUGACUGCGGAGUGGCAGGCAGGAUUGUUUUCGAACUUUGCAGAUAUUGUUGGUUCUGCUGGUGAAUCUUCAGGGUCUGACGUGGGAAUAGGUGGGGGAUCUCCUAGUCUUCCCAAUGUUCCUAUUGACCCCGUGUUACAAGCGACCGAUGGGUAUAUGGGCAUGGCUGGCAUGGGACUUUAUGAAGGUGGUGGCAUGGGUGUGGGCGGAGGUCUAGCUGGAACGACAGUUGGAGGUUUCACCUUCCCCUCUGAGCAACCUUCGUCUUCCGCUAAUCCUUCCACAAACGCAACCCCUUCUACACCAAGUGGUUCAACAUCUUCUGCGCCUUCUACAUCUUCCAAUACCCCCCAGGAUUUUUCGACGUGGGGAGAGAACCCCAUGGUGGACGUCAGCACCAAUACCAGCACCGGCGACAUAAACAUGGGGUUUUCAAUGUCGUUCAAUCCGAUGGGGUUUCCAGUCUCCCCAAAUUCCCUCACCACGAUCAGCACCAGCAACGACAGCAACCAUCACCCCAUCAUCAGCAACAACCAGCCCUCCCUAACGUCCUCCUCGACAUGUUCUUUAGGCUCUGUGAUGAGCCCUCACCAGCACCAUCAGCAGAUGAACCAACUGACGAGCAUGGAAGAGUUGAGGAAUCAGAGUAGUCAGAGUCCGAGUCCACCUUUGGGAUAUGUUACUGCGUGA